AUGGCGGGUGAUAACACGCUGCCCAUGCUGAAUCAGCUCCUGCAAACGCUGAUCCUACAGGACACCGCACAGCGCCUGAACGCAAUAUUCAGCUGCUUCUGGGCACAACUCAGAGACCGCAUGAGAGCAGCACAAAUCACUCAGGGACCUGCACGGACGGCAGGUAAGAGGCAACUGGCAGCGGGGACAGGGAAGUAUACCCUUGGGCAAAGCGACAUGCGACCCACACACCCCCAAGCCACAGAGCCCACCGGGGCUGGAGGCCAAAAGGGCGAAGACCCGGAUGCAUCGCCCACCGCUGCUGCAGCCUUCAACACCACACCAGCCAAUGCUCACUGUUUCGCAAAAGAGACGGCGUCGGCUAAUAGAGACUCUCUACACAAAGCCUCCAGACAGGUCAGCGCCAGGCCCAUCACGCCUCAGCUUAAGCCUGUUAAACUGUGUGACCAGGACUGA